AUGCCUCCAAGGUCGUUUAAGAAACUCGUCAUUGCCGUGAGCGGCACUUUUCCUGGCUACAAACAAGCCGACUUGAAAAUGACUGUAGAAAGCCAUGGUGCUACGUUCAGCUCAUCCUUCGGUUCGGAUUGUACGCACCUUAUAACCACCCAGAAGGAUGUCGAAAAGAACGGCACCAAAUACCAACAAGCCUGCGGUUUAAAGAAGUGUGAGGUGGUGUCCAUUGACUGGCUGCUCGAUUCGGACAAGGCAAAGAAACCGGUCUCAGAAAAGCCGUAUCAGUUUGGUGCAUGCAACAACAGCCAGACUGACAGUGCCCCCGUUAAGACAGAUAAAAAGGAGAAGAAGCGGAGCGCCAAAGCUGUAGACGAUGCUGAUGCGGACGCGGAUGACUCCAACAAGAAACCUAAAAAUGCUGCUGGCGAUGCACAAACAAUUACCGCGGACAAAGCGAACAAGACAAAGGUGGAAGUUGACGAACUUUAUUGGCCCAACGAAACUGUGUGGAGAGCUCCUAGCGUCUACAUUGAUGAUUCCGGCCUCAUCUGGGAUGCUACGCUGAACCAGACUGUGUCAGCCGCGAAUAACAACAAGUUCUAUCGCCUUCAGUUGUUAAAAUCCGAAAAUGGUGCCCAGUACCAGGUCUGGACUCGCUGGGGCAGAGUUGGGGAGAAUGGCCAGUCUGCCCAUCUGGGUGACGGUACACUCGACAGCGCCAAAUUAUUCUUCGGGAAGAAAUUCAAGGAUAAGUCGGGUCUCGCAUGGAAAGACCGACUCAGCACCCCCAAGCACAACAAAUAUACAUUCAUCGAGCGCAACUAUGAAGAGAGCGAGGACGAAGGCGAAAAAGCGGACAGCAAGAUUGUAAAAGGCCCGUCAACCGUCCCCGAGAGCAAAUUGCCAGCCGCUAUCCAGAGCCUCAUCAGCUUUAUUUUCAACCAAGCAUACUUCCUCGAGACCAUGGCGCAAAUGUCUUACGACGCAAAGAAACUGCCACUUGGCAAACUGAGCAAGAGAACCCUGAUGAUGGGCUUUGAAACCCUGAAAGAAUUGGCCGAGCUUGCAGCCACACCGACCUUAGCAAACUCGAAAUAUCAGAUGCAGCUGCGUCCAGCUUUGGAACUACUGAGCAACCGCUACUUCACCACCAUUCCUCACGUUUUCGGUCGAAACCGACCACCAGUCUUGGAUAACCAGACUUAUAUUAAGAAGGAAGUCGAGCUUCUGGAGGCUUUGACCGAUAUGGAGAUUACCAAUAGCAUCUUAAAGGAUGCAACCAAAAUGGAAGAUGUUAACCCGAUCGAUAGCCAGUACGCAGGCCUUGGGAUGCAAGAGAUGACUCCACUGGAUCGCACUUCUACUGAAUUCCAGGAACUGGAGAAAUAUCUUUCAGAAUCACGAGGAUCAACACACGGCUUGAGAUACAAGGUGAUUGAUAUCUUCCGAAUCGAGCGCCAAGGAGAAUAUGAUCGAUUCAUUUCAUCUUCAUCCGCCAAUAUGCAGAACAGCAACCGCCGGUUACUCUGGCACGGCUCUCGCAGUACCAAUUACGGUGGUAUCCUCAGCCAGGGCCUCCGCAUUGCACCUCCUGAAGCCCCUGUCAGUGGAUACAUGUUUGGAAAGGGUGUCUACUUCGCCGAUAUGUCCAGCAAAUCCGCCAACUACUGCUGCAGCUACAACAGCGGCCAGAAGGCAUUGCUCUUACUCGGUGAUGUUGAGUUGGGCGACCCCAUGAACGAGCUUUAUAGUUCCGAUUACAACGCUGGUGAGAACGCAAAGAAGCAGGGCCAGAUCGCGACUCUGGGUAAAGGUCGGACUGUCCCAGCUGGGUGGAAAGAUGCCGGCUGCAUUCAUCCGGACCUAAAAGGCAUCCAGGUGCCUGAUACGAAUUCCGGGACGGCAAAUCAUGACUCCAACCAGGGUUAUCUUAUGUACAACGAGUACAUUGUGUAUGAUGUCGCGCAGAUCAGACUGAGGUAUCUAUUCUUUGUCGAUAUGCGGUAA